AGCAAACGCAGGCGUCGGGAGGGCCGCGGAGUGCGGGCCGUGAGAGAUGGAUGCCAAUUCGAAAGACAAGCCCUCUGAAACCAAGGAGUCUGCUGUUAAUGAUGCUGAAAAUGCCUCCUUCAUUUUGGAAACUGGGAAUAUAGUGACUCCUCGUGAGUGUGUGGCAGAAGUUCCUCCUAAUCUUUGCACACCGGAUACUUUCAAAUCGCCUUUGAACUUUUCCACGGUGACUGUAGAGCAAUUGGGAAUUACACCUGAAAGUUUUGUCAAGAGCACUUCGGGAAGGUCACCGUCCUCGCUUAAAAAAAACAGACGAAGGUCCGCAGUUGGUGCUCGGGGCUCUCCAGAGACAAACCAUCUGAUCCGUUUCAUUGCUCAGCGGCAGAGUUUGAAGAAUGCCAGGCGAUAUCCUUUGGCUCAGAAUUCUCCUGCCCAGGGCAGCCCUGUGCUGUAUCGAAAUGUCAACUCUUUAAGGGAGCGAAUGUCCGCUUUCCAGUCAGCUUUUUACUCCAUUAAGGAAGACGAGAAAAUGGCUGACUGUCUGGAACCCUCUGAGGCAAAAAGAGAGUGUGAGACAGCAGACUUGACCAAAAAGGAAGAUCUUCCGGAAUAUCAGCAGUCUGGAUUCCCUACGGAGUUAUCAUCCAAACGCCGGAGAAUCUGCUCUGAGAGCAACUCUGAUGAAAAUCUAACUGAUGGUGAAGAAAAAGUAAUUGAGCUUCAGCUGUUCAGUAUCGAUACAGACAGACUAGGUGCCGCUGAGACGCCUGCAGAUCUUUCUCUGAAAUCAUCUGAACUGGGUUCAAUGCAGUCUGGAAGUUUAGUUGAAGCGUCUGUUCCCCUUACAGAGUUCACAGAGGCUUCAGAUGGACUCAAGGUUGCUGACUGUGUGGAGGACCGAGGACCGAGUGAUGGCGUUUCACCUGACAUCUUCCCUGCGGGUGCAGGCUCAGACACAGCCCCCGACUUGACGUCACCAGUUACUCCAGUGUGGACCAGGGACUUUCCUCCCAGUGAGACCUUUGUACUGCGUUCUGUACUGAAGAAACCCUCUGUCAAGCUGCUUCCCGAGAGCUUACAGGAGCAUUGUAACAACCUUUAUGAUGACAAGACGAAUUCAAACUUACUCUCAGAUCCUGCAAAUUGUUGCAAAGAACAAAUAGUGGAAGAUGAAGAAAGUUAUAAAACACCAACCUUUGUUAAUAUGAGGAAAAGAAAGAGAGUGACUUUUGGAGAGGACCUAAGCCCUGAGGUGUUUGAUGAGUCUUUGCCGGCAAAUACCCCUUUACGUAAAGGAGGAACCCCUAUUUGUAAGAAGGACCCAAGUGAUACCGAUUCUCAGCCGCCUGAAAUGUCACUGGUUCCCGAGAUACUACCUCAACCAAAUUUUGAUGACAAGGGAGAGAAUCUUGAAAACAUAGAACCACUUCAGGUUUCCUUUGCAGUUCUGAGUCCUUCUAGCAAGUCUCCAACCUCUGAGACUCUAUCAGGCACUGAUUCUUGCAGUCCUUCAAAUAACCAUGAGAAAACUUCCUCUUGUAAAGUUGGUGCUAUAACGCGGACUUCCAACAAAAGAAAUCAGUUGAUCAGUUUUGCAGAAGAUAGCGCUUGCGACUUAUUUGAUACAGAAGCCCAGCCUUGUAAAGAAAAGAAAAGUAAUAGAAGGAAGUCUCAAGAAACCAAGCACACAAACAGAGCACUGCCUAAAAAGAAUCAGGUUUUAAAAAGUUACAGAAAGAAGAAAAGAAUGAAAAAGAAAAGUGUUCAGAAAUCCUUAUAUGGAGAAAGAGACAUUGCUUCUAAGAAGCCCCUCUUAAGUCCUAUUCCGGAGGUGCCAGAGGCCUCCGAGAUGACCCCUUCAGGCCCAGGCUGCCGGUGGAUGUGUGCAGAUGAUUUCAACUCAAAUGAUAAACUUGAAGAAGUGAAGAUGCCUAAACAUCCGGUUAGAAGAAUCAGUCUUUUGCCUCAGAACCUGGAAGAUUUGCAUCUGAAUCAAGGCUUUGGUAAACAUGUUGUUUCUGAAUUCUGCUCUUCCAUUGAAAGGUCUUCCUUACUUGAUAACGCUCCUUCUGAUGAAAGUCCAAAUAUAAAUGAUGAAAAUAAAAAUAUCCCCAAAGCAGAAAAUACGUUGGAAAGUAAAACUGAGCCAAAAACUGGGACUGAGACUCACAUUCCUUGUGUGUCUGGGACUGAAGAACAGGCUGCAUCAGAUGAUCCAGAACUUGAUUUUAUCACACAGGGUCAAGAAUUUGCUGCCGCUGGUCAAAACGAGGAAACCCUUUGUCAAAGGUUGAAAAUGUGGGAAGAUUUAAAGUGUGAAAAACAGGAUGACUGCUUAGUAGCUGUGGAGGGGAGACUUCAGCACAGAAGCUUCCUGUCUGACACACAAAAAGAAUCGAAUCGUGUAGAAGAUGCCCUCCCUGAACGUAAGAAAGAAUCUAAAAGCCAAAAGGAGGAUUUGGGAAGCAAAUGUGCACAAAGCAGCAGCCUUAGGAAUUGUAGAGAAAGGAAACACAGAAGGUACUCUUCGUGUCAUUCCGACGCUCAGGGUUUACAGGGGGAAGAAAACGCAACUCCCAGACCUUCCCACCACGCGGGCAGCUCUGCAGAAAUUAGUAUAGAAAAUUCUCAACUGUAUAAAGAUUUAUCUGAUGCCAUCGAGCAGACCUUCGAGAGAACAAAAAGCGAAACCAGAGUACGACGGAGCACAAGGUUGCAGAAGGAUUCAGAGAACGAGGGGCUUGUGUGGAUUCCACUUCCAUUUCCUGCCCCUUCCCAAAAUACCAAGAGGAGAACAAUAUGUACAUUGGACAGCACAGGAUGUGAAAGUCUGUCUCCCGGAAAAGGCACCGUGCCCUCCAGUCAGAAACCGUGCCUGGCACCUUCUUUCUCCGAUACAGAAACUAUCCAGGGCCCUGCAGCUGAUUCCUCUGCUUUACCUGGUAAGAGGAGGAAGAGCUUCUGUACUUCUACACUUGAAAAUGCUAAAACCUCCACCCAGUCAAAACGCUGCAGAAGAAGAACCUCUGUCUGUGCAAAGGAGGGAAGCUCUCUAAUGGACUUUGCUCAGAGCGGAGACCCCAGCAGGAAUUGACCCUUCCUACCUGGCAUUUGGGGAGAGAGAAGGUAACACCCGUGCUGGAAAGAUUCAUCUAGCUUCCACCCUUUGUUCAACUUCAAUGUUUUAAAAGUUUGAAAUUCAUUAAA